AUGGCUGCUGCAUCCUCCUCAACGUCUGGAGCUCCUCCUCUCGGAAAAUAUCUCGCGUCUACUGACAAGAAGACGCGGGACAAGGCUAUUAAGAGUCUCUCUUCGUUCAUCUCUGACCCUGCCGCCACAAUUUCCAAAAAUGACAUGACAAAACUAUGGAAGGGUGUAUUCUACUGCUUUUGGAUGUCGGAUAAGCCACUGGUGCAGCAAGCUCUAGCUUCAGAACUCGCAGAGAUCCUCCUCUCCGUCAAAUCGACAUCCUCGUCGCUCGCAUUCCUCCGUGGUUUCUGGGAGAUGACCGUCAGGGAAUGGUCAGGAAUUGACAGAUUGAGAAUUGACAAAUACUACAUGCUCAUCCGACGUUUCGUAAAUGCCUCUUUCCGACUCUUGAUGCGUGACGGAUGGAGUUCUGCAUCAUGUCAAGAGUACAAUGACAUCCUCACCUGCACUGGUGGCCCGCUAUGUCCGAAUGACAGCCGCGUCCCCGCAAGUCUCUCCUACCAUAUCUCCGACAUCUACCUUGAAGAACUCGAUAAAGUCCUCGCCCCCCUUCCCCGCUCAAAACCAACAAACUCCUCUUCGGACGAAGAAGAAGCAGAAGGAGAACCGAAUUCUGACCUCCUCCCCGUGCCACUCGCCACCCUGUUCUCUCCCCUAUUCACCCUCGCAGCCCGCACGAUCUCCAACCACACCUACCAACGCAUCCAAUCCUCCGUCUUCGACCCCCUCUUCAAAUCCCUCUCGCCACCGCACUCCGACGCCCCACCAUCCCGAAAACGACUCCGGCUCACCAUAUCCGAUUCCGACUACGCCAAUGUGGCGACACAUUCUUGUUUGGUGAACCCGAAGGAGGAGGGGACGUUGGAAAGGACGGUGUUGAGGAAGGGGGUGUUGAAGGCGUUCUUUGCGGUCGCGAGUGAUCAGGAGACGAGGGAUUCGAAUAGGCGGAAGAUGUAUGCUCUUUGGAGGAAGAAUGAGGAGGAGGAUGAGGGGGUCAGUGGGGAUAGUGAUGGUGGGGUUGAUGCGAGAUGAAUGAUCAGUCGUGUUGUGUGGUCCUGCUUCUUCGUAUAUCUUUAUUGUCGC